UGCACUUCCAGCCUAUCGAGCAGCACUACUUAUUGACAUUCCGACGUCUGGGGGUGUAAUGUGGCGUAAGAUCUGACGUUCCACUUUUUCCUGGUUGUGAAGAGUUUCUACAGUCGACUUGAGCGCUGUAAUAAAGAAAACAUGACAAGUUUUUUCUCGAGAGCCUGGUCCUCUGCUGAAAAGCUCGUUGGCAAAACUGUGCUGAUCACAGGCGCCAACACUGGAAUCGGGAAAGAAACUGCCAAAGACCUGGCACAGAGAGGGGCAAAGAUCAUCAUCGCGUGCAGGGACAUGGAGAAAGCAAAGGAGGCCAUGAAAGAAAUCAUCGAAACCUCAGGCAACGACAACGUCAAGUGCAUGAAACUGGACUUGUCUGACACAAAGUCCAUAAGAGAAUUUGCGGAAGCCUUCAAAAAAGAUGAGCCAAAACUCAACAUCCUCAUCAACAACGCCGGUGUGAUGAUCUGUCCUUAUGGAAAAACUGCAGACGGCUUUGAGACGCAGAUUGGCGUCAAUCACUUGGGUCAUGUCCUGUUGACAUACUUGUUGCUUGACCUGAUUAAGGAAUCAGCACCAGCCAGGAUCCUCACCGUGUCCUCCAUGGUUCACAGUUGGGGCACCAUCAAUCUGGAGGACCUCAACAGCGACAAGAGUUACGACAAGAUGAAAGCUUACUCCCAGAGCAAGCUGGCCAACGUCCUCUUCUCCCACUCGCUGGCUAAACGACUGAAGGGCACAGGUGUGACGUGCUACGCUCUCCAUCCUGGUGCUGUUAAGACCGAUUUGCAGCGUCAUGUGAGCGGCCCUAUGUAUUUACUCAUGCUGUUCAUAAGGCCUUUCUUUAAGACCGCCGUCCAAGGAGCUCAGACGACAAUCUACUGCGCCGUGGAGCCGUCGCUGGAGAAUGAGACCGGUCAAUACUACGGUGACUGUGCUCGUACCGACUGCUGCCCCGCUGGUAAAGACGACGACCUGGCUCAGAAGCUGUGGGAGCUGAGCUGCCGUAUGCUCAACAUAACAUGGGAAUAAACCAACCUGGAAGGAAAAGAAAAUCUGUUGAGUUUUUCUACUAACCGAUGCACUGAUAUCUGCUUUCACUAACCAACCAGGACAUAAGGUGCAAAAUAUGUAAUUAACUUGCAUUCAGUCAUGUAUUUUUCCAGCAAUUGUUGUAUAUGUAUGUUUUACAUAAUAACAGUAAUUUAUCAAUUUAAGUGUCUAUUUUGAAUAAAGCUUCUCAUCUUGAUGUAUCCAAUUUACUAUGAGCUGAAAUAUUUUUUAUUCAUUUUGAUAAAAGCUGAGCAAAGGUUUUUUUCAAUGGAAUUAUUUAUAAUUCAGGAAUAAACUUUACUUAAUCAGACCACAUUCUUGUCUUAAAGGAUUUUCUGUGUCUGUAUUUCCUGAAAGUUAUGUUGUUAUGAUUGUCAUACUUUUAUAGAAUAGAAUAGAAUAGAAUAGAAUAGAAUAGAAAUACUUUUUUGAUCUCUAAGGGGAAAUUCUGUUGCUACAGUAGCAAGCAGAAAGAGUAAAGUGACCACCACAACAGAAAAAUAUAAAAUAUCAUAUAAAUAGAAAAAUAAUAUACGAAGAUACAAAAUGGACAAUAAAAUAUGAAAUGUAGUUUGAAUAAACAAAUGUACUAACCUGAAAAAUGCACUAUGAAGUGUCAGAUGCUACCAAUAAAAAUAAAAAAAAUCUUUGGACUGAA